AUGUCCGCCAAAUCCAAUGCCUCUUGCAUCUUCUGCAAAAUCAUCAAAGGAGAAAUCCCUUCGUUCAAGCUCCUCGAGACUAAGCUCACCUACUCUUUCUUGGACAUUCAACCAACAGCAGAGGCCCACUGUCUCAUUAUCCCCAAGUACCAUGGGGCCAAGUUGCACAAUCUCCCAGACGAGUACCUCGCUGACAUUUUGCCCGUUGUGAAGAAAUUGACCAGGGUGUUGAAGCUUGACGAGAACAACACGCCAGAAGGGAGUGGCUACAAUGUGUUGCAAAACAACGGGAGAAUCGCUCACCAGGUGGUGGACCACGUCCAUUUCCACUUGAUCCCCAAGAGAGACGAGGAGACUGGGUUGGGUGUAGGAUGGCCAGCGCAACCCACUGACUUUGACAAGUUGGGCAAGCUUCACGAGUCCUUGAAGGAAGCUUUGGCCUCGGAGGAGAAGUUGUAG